GAGAGAGAGAGAGAGAUGGAGGGCAUUCGAGGAUUGUGGCAUCUGUUUGUGACCGUGUUUUUUCAUGGGUUUGCAAGCUUCGUGGUGGUUCCAGCCAUAACUGAUAUCACCAUGCUGGCUCUUUGCCCUGGUCGAGAUGAGUGCUCCCUUGCCAUUUACCUCUCUGGUUUUCAACAAGCGAUCAUAGGAGUGGGAACGGUGGUGAUGACUCCAGUAAUUGGGAAUCUGUCGGAUGUGUACGGGAGGAAGUCGCUUCUCACGAUCCCAAUGACAUUAUCCAUUAUUCCACUAGUGAUAAUGGCGUGUAGCAGGGAGACAAGCUUCUUUUAUGCCUACUAUGUGCUGAGGACAGUUACCGCCUUGGUAGGCGAAACCAGCAUCAACUGCCUCGCUCUUGCUUAUGUGGCCGACAAUGUUUCAGAGAGAGAACGAAUAUCUGCAUUUGCAAUUCUUGCUGGUAUUACUUCAGCAGCAAUUGUAUGUGGAACCUUAGCAGCUCGUUUCCUCACCACCGCGUCAAUAUUUCAGGUUGCUGCCUUUGCAUCAAUACUGUCAACUGUCUACAUGAGAAUUUUUCUCAAGGAGAGCUUGCCGGGCGGCGAUAGUUCUUUGAGGCAGCCUAUCUUGAAAGGAGGAGUAUCAGAAGUUGCUGAUGAAGGUGAUGUCCACUCACCGAAGACGAUACAAGUAUUUAAGAAAAUUCCAUCUCCAGGAGAGUUGAUUUCCCUACUGAGGAGUAGUAAGAUUCUGUCACAAGCAACAGUUGUUUCCUUCUUUCAGAGCCUGGCAGACGGUGGCAUGCAAGCUUCAUUAUUGUAUUUCUUAAAGGCUCGUUUCCACUUCAACAAGAAUCAGUUUGCUGAUCUAAUGCUGAUUUUUUCGAUAUCAGGGGCCACAUCACAGUUGCUUUUCAUGCCUAUGUUUGCAACUGCUAUAGGAGAGGAAAAGCUGCUUACAAUUGGGCUCAUAAUGGGCAGUAUGAGUAUGUUUCUUAACAGCAUUUCAUGGGCAGUUUGGGUUCCUUAUGCUGCGACUCUGUUUAAUGUUUUCGGAUAUUUAGUGCAGCCAAGCAUACGCAGCAUUGCAUCAAAACAAGUUGGACCCCAUGAUCAGGGAAGGGCUCAAGGAUGCAUUUUAGGCAUAAGCUCCUUUGCCAACAUUGUUUCUCCAUUACUUUUUAGUCCUCUAACAGCUUUAUUCCUGUCUGAAGAAGCUCCAUUUAAUUUCCCUGGCUUCAGUAUUAUGUGCAUUGGCCUGGCACCGCUGAUUGGCUUCGUUCAGAGCCUAAUGAUAAAGGCUUCUCCUAAACAAACCAUCACCAACGUCUGCGUGGAAUCUCCCUAGUAAGAAUUCAAAUUAUACAUAUUUCUUACUUACACCAAUACCUUUUCUCAACAGAGAGAGAGGAAAAAAAAAAAAAAAGUUUUAUCUUAAAAAAAGUUUUAUCUUAUGGAGCCCUUUAAUUCAUACAAGAAACCUAAGAACAAGAUAAAGCUCAUGCCUACCAAAAUCUCAAAGAUAAUGGGCGGCCGGAACCCGCAGCGCCGGCCUUGACAGAACGGUGUGGCAUUUUCACGGUAAAUGAGAUGACGCAGACAUAUAUGGUUAAAUUCAGUAAAAAACAGUUUGUAACCUGGUGUUCUUGUAUACUUCUUUCUUUAGUGUUUUUGUAAUUAUAAUGUUACAAAAAUUAUUAUAUAUAAGUUGGGAUUUUAUCAGAUAAA